UAGUUAGUUAAAAUACAUAAUAAAGGUAAAAAUAAAACAUGGAAAUACUAAAUGAAGUUGAGUUAAGGAAAGAGCAGCGAAUUAAAGAGAAAAUUGAAAUGUUAAAGAAAGAAGGGAAAAAACCUGAAGAAAUUAAAGCUGAGUUGGAGAAAGUAAAUAAAAAUAAGAAAACAAAAGAAGUUGUGGUAUGCAACACUGUUACAGACAUACAAAGACGAAAAAUUGAUAAGUUGAUGAGUGAUCCGACAAAAGAGCCUUACAUACCUGAACCAAGAAAAGAGUGGAAGCCAAGAGAACCUGCAGAAUUUGUUCGCCAUGUUAUGGGUUCCAGUGCUGGUGCAGGAAGUGGAGAAUUUCAUGUGUACCGUGGAAUAAGACGGCGUGAAGCAAGAAGAAAUGAAUAUCUUGACAAGAAAGGACUUAAAGACGAGUUGGAUGAAGAAUUUAAAAAAAAACUGAUAGAAAAUGAAAUAAAAAACAAUAAAACUACAGAAAAGAAAAGAUUAAAAAGACAGAAGAAAAAACAGAAGAAAAUAAUUUCAAAAAAGCUAAAGUUAGUUUCAAUUAAAGAUGACAAAGAAGGAGAGGAAUCAAGUAGUGGAGAAGAAAACAAAUCAGAAGAUGAAAAACAUUUUGUUAUUGGCGGAAAGUAAAAUUACUAUAAUGAGUUAGAAUAAAUCAAUCAGAAAGUACAAGUAAAUGGUAUAUAGUGGAAUGGAAGUUAACAAUCAAUGAGAACCCAAUGUAAACAAUAAUGAUGGAAAUAUAAUUAUUUAAUGGGAACAAAAAAAGAACUGGAAACAAAAACGAACUAUUAAAAGAAAAAGAAGCAAUGGAAAGGAUGAUAUUAAAAUGUAAACAACUUAAAUAAAAAGACAAAAUGAAAUAUAUAUAAAAUUUAAUGAAUAAAAUUUUUUGUAUGUGUAUAAUUUAAAAGUAUUUAAAGAUACUAAAAAGCUA